UCCAGCUGAUGGAGAACACUUCAGAAAUUAAUAGAUACCAAUUAUUAAAGAGUUCAUUAAAAAUAUUAGAUGUGAGAAAAAAUACGGUUAUUUCUAAUACCAUAAGAGAGAGAGCUUAUUUUCCAAGUAAUGGAACAUUUAGGAUCAAUAAACUAAACAGGACAGACAGUGGUAAUUAUAGCCUUCAAACCUUUGAUUCGGAUGGAAAAUCAUCAGACGAGCGGAUUUUACAGUUGUUUAUUGAAGCUCCUGUGUCCUCUGUCCUGCUGGACCCUGAAUGUCUGUCCCAGGGAGAGAUGAGGGUGUCCUGUUCCUCUGAGGGAGGGGACAGUCCUCAGUACAGCUGGACUCUGGAUGGACGCACACUGACAGAUGCUGAGCUCUUUUCUGGAAAUAAUGAGAGUAACAUCAUCACUCUGAAACAGCACGUCUCAGGACAUCUGGUCUGCUCAGUCAGGAACAACGUCAGUAAUGUCUCCAAAGAGGAGAGGAUACCUACCUGUGGCUUCAUUUUCAUUAACUGCACUUCAGUCAAUGGAACACAGAUAUCAGGGUGGGUGUAUGAAGCCAAUAACACCCUGUGUAUUAAACCAACAACAGUCCCCAAACAAACUGCUACGUCUAAGGAGACCGCCGUAGUGUCAAAUAAAAACCCCACUAAGAUCAAACCCUUCAAUCAAACUGUCAGCAGUGAUAACCCAUGGUACAUUACCUAUUUACCACUGAUCGGUGGUGUUCUCUCAGCACUGCUCAUUUUGUUAGUUGUGGGUGUAGCAGGUGCCUGUGAACACAUCAUAAAGCAAAAAGCCAAACCUACAGAACAAAGAGCUGAAGAAGAUGACCAGGAAGUAACCUAUGCUCAUGUCAUUAUCACGAAAUGUCAGAGGAAGGAUGCUGAGCAAAGAGCAGAGGCGGAGGUGGAGUAUGGCCAAAUCAAGUUUUCAAGCAACAGAAGAUGAUUUAAGUGGUUGGAGCUUUUACACCGACUGCACCACUGACAGCAGACCGAAGGAGGAGGUGACAUCAAGAUGCCAAAAGGUUGUUGCUUAAUGCAAGUCUGUGGCUGAAACACAGCUAAUGUUCCAG